AUGGAGCUGUGUGACAAGUCUUGUCAGGAGGAAACUGAGGCCACUAGCAUGGCCCUCCCGGAAGACAUUGAUCUUCUGGAAGAUGAUGUCCAGGAGGCCAGUGUGGAGAAGCUUUCUCAUGAGGCUUCCUUGCGGAUGUCAGUUGCCAUACAAGACGCAGGGUUAGGUUUAGGGCGUUGCGUGAUUGACACAAAGCUUCCUUGGGAACUUCCGGGACUUGAGCUGGUUUUUGGUUCUCGUGCAAGUGUGCUUCCAAAAGCCAGUGAUGCCAUUUUACCACAGGCGGUGCCUUUUCCUGUCAGGGAAUCUGUUGAAGAGGCAUCCUCUUCGCGCGACUGUGCGCAUCGUGCAAAGAAGGCCAGAGCAAGCGUCACCCUGGGAGCCUGCUUUCGGGAUGUUGUCAAUUUCAACCUUGUGGAAACUGACGCUGCGCUUGAAGAAGUCAAAUGGACCAGAGCUUUAGAAAUGUGGCUAUUCGUGAUCAUGGAGGACUCCAGCUGUUCUGCGAUAGGAUCACGGAUUAGCCGCAAAAACGGAGCUGAUGCCAUGAAGUGCCUUCGUGAACUCUUCGGGAAGAAAGCAUCCAGUACCGUCGCAAAGCGUGGGAGUGCAAUGCAGAAGUUCGUUGUGUGGGUACACAAAGCUUGCCCAGGCGAGUGUGCCCUGCCUAUCACUUCAAAGCGUGUCGAUGAUUACAUCGAGCAACUACAGGAAGCUAAGGUCCGACCUGGAUCUUUCACAAGCUUUACUGAAGCUGUCAAUUUCUCAGUGCAUGUCGUUGGCUUGCCUUUCGAUUGUGACGGAUCUCUGAGGAACCCUUUCUCAGGAAAGCAGUUGUUCAGUCCUUGGGCUCGUGGGGCUGUUGCGCUGGAGAUACAGAAGAAAGCAGAGAGGAGGCAGAGCGCUGUCCUAACCACUGACAGCGUUCUUUACCUUGAGGCUUUCUUGAGCGACGAGGAUGAAGAUUUAGUCGACCGUUACGCUGCAGGAUGCAUGCUCUUCGGUUUGUUCAGCCGUAGUCGCAUUAGUGAUCUCAGAAAGGUCAAGGAUUGGAUUUUGGAUUUUGAUUGUUUGCAAAGCCACGGGCAAGGUUUCCUUGAGUGCAGCACUCGCAGUCACAAGACUGAGAAGGACGUCGCGGCCAUUGGUCUUGCCAUGCCCCUUGUUGCACCGGCUGUCGGCUUAGGUAAGGUGAGCUGGGCUGUUACAUUCAGCAAGGUUGCUUCUGCAGUAGGUUUGGGGUUCGUAGGUCGGCCUGAGGGGCCUUUGCUGCCCGCUCCGGACGUUACCGGAGGAUGGUUGUCCAGGUCGGUGACCACCUCCGAAGCUGGGGCUUGGCUCUGCAAGAUUCUUGAUAAGGGAGGGCAGCCAUCCCAAGGGAUCACAGGUCACAGCUUGAAAAGCACUACACUGACCUGGGCCUGUAAGUUUGGUUUCGAUAAGUAUUCCCGGUUACAACUUGGACACCAUGCCACUGGCGAAGGAACAUUGCACACCUAUGGCCGAGAUUACUUGGCGCCUGCCCUCAGGCGCUAUGAUGAAAUGUUGGCUGCAAUCAGAAACGGAACAUUCUUCCCGGACCUUACGCGCUCGGGUCGCGUGCGAGGCACUGCACAGGUUCCGAAGGUGGAGGUCUCUGAUGAUGAAGUGCCUGAUCCCGGGUUGACCAGCUUCGCUUCAGAAGGUUCUUUUGAGGCCAUUGGUGUAGCAUCCGCCGGAGAGAAGAGUGAUGAAGAUCAGGUUGCAGCACCCACUGACCAUGAGCUGUCCUCUUCGGACAGCAGUAGCUCGCAGGACGAAGUCGUUGCAGGCAGGGACCACCCCGACUUGGACAACGACGAGAUGGACACAGGUCGUUCAUCUUUGCGCACAAGGCAGUUCGACCGGAGUUUUUGCGUGUGGGCGGAAGGUGACGUCCGAUUUCAAGGAGGAGCAUUGGCCGAGGCCGUUAACGCUAUGAUGCAGCGAAAGUCGGAUCGUGCGGCCGAGGUCGGAUUGUCUGCCGACGACAUCGCGGCCCUCACUGGAUCCGGCAUCCACAGUCUAGCCCGUCUAGCUUUUGCGGCAGUGCCGCCAGGGGCUACGCCUUCCAAUGAUCAGGUCCGCGAGCUUUUUGGUACUCGAGUAAUCAACGCUGGUGUCGUCGCUGCCACAAAGCGACUGAUCUUUGAGGCUCACACGAUGGUUGUUGCAGAUCUUAAGCAGAAAGUUGAAAAAGGGGAUGAUCCAACAUCCCAGCGACUGAAUCCUGCUGAGCGCGAAGCUCGCAUCACAAGGCAGCGGGCCCGGCUCACAGGGUUAACGCACCGUGGAGUGGAAGAGGUCGCAUUCGAGGCGUACAAUUUGGUGUACGGCAUGUUGCAACAAGACACGCUUGUGUACCAGCAUCCAAACAAAUUCACCACGCGUCAGCAUGAACUUCAGCUUAAGAAGGCGGUGAAGGAGGUUUCGUUGGAUGGGAGUGGCUCCUUGACAGUGCGAGACAAGCCGCAGCAGGCCACAUGUGAUACCCACGGAGAGCUGGAGCUGGUUCAAGCGCUCCGCCGAAGGGCGCUCGCAUUCGACCUCGUAGGCUGCUGCUCUUACGAUGCUAUGAACAUGUAUCAUAGCCUGCUCAUCCAGCGAGUCCAGGACGCGCCGCCGCCUAACUACGCAAAGGUUAGUGUGGUUCAGGCACUCCGCGCAGACAGAGCGGCUUUCACGAGGAUCGCUGAGAAGGUGCGUAGCCUGAAGACAGGCGCGGAUGGGGUCCGUCCAUUGGACCGUGCCUUCGAGAACAUUCUCGAUGACACACAUGUCAGCUUUCAUCUUCUGCCGCUUGCCAUUCCCGAAAAACCUAAGCACCCGCCGCCUCCGCUCAAAAGGAAGGUCGAGGAUCAGCAGGCCGAUGACAAAGGGAAUAAGCCAGGUAAGAAGGGCAAAGGCACAGGGAAAGGUAAGAAAGGUGGUGCUAGGCUGCGUGUGCCGAAGGAGUUGAUUGGAAAGUGGAGCCAGAACAAAGAUGGUGAACGCUUGUGCUGGGCAUUUAAUAUGCAGUGCGGCUGUGGAGACGCCGCCCCGGGGAGCAUCACAAGAAAAGCGGCGCUUGAGGGCCUGGGGCCCCUGAGCUUCGGACUGGGAAGGAGCGAGUGUCCUUCCUUGGACGUGUUUGCUCAGGGGCCGGGAGGUUCACUGCGGCUCUUCGUGCAUGUGGAAUGUGAGGCAGACCUGCCCUGGGACACACCUCACGGAUACAUUUUCCGAAUGCAGGUACAAGCGAAUGAUCGUAUUUCUCAUAACACGGCCGUCACGCUCGACAUCCAGCUUAGUUGCAAGGACAUUGUGGAUCAAGCGAAGUGGCUUGUUGCUCAAAGACUCUUCGAGCUGUUUGGUCGUUUUCCGAAGUUGAGUUCUUUUCACCUGGUUCAGGACGGAGUCUGCAGUAUGUGCUCUGCGGUCUUGCUUCCGUCGCAGAGAGUUCCAAGUGACCGCAGUGGCCCAUCUGACAUCAAGCCGCACAAGGCGAAUCCGAGGCGCAUGUUAGAGCGUGCGAAAGGAGGAUACUCAUUCUUGAACAUCGCGCAGAAGCAGUCGCAUCCCAGCGGAGAUGUGUUUGUCAGGGUUUUUGAGCGGGAUGAAGACAUGUCGUCCUGGAGUUCGGCGUUCGCGCCGGUGAAGAAGAGACACUCCACGACACAGGAGCGCAGGCGAUGUGACAAAGAAGAGACCAAGAAGCGAAAGAAGAAAGAGAGGAAGUCGGCAUCAGUCCCGGAAGAUGCCGACAAUCGGGCAGAGCAGUUGCCCUCCUCCAGCUACACCGCCCGAGACCCUCAGGAGCAGGAGGGUUCAGCCCACGAAGGGCUUCCCGCCAACUUGGGCAGGUGGGUCUUCCAUGCCUCUUGGGAACCGACAGAAGAAGGAGACCAGCCGGAAGCGCCUCCCAAACGCAGUCCGGGGAGAGCAGCUGCGAAGAUGCUGGUUCGCGCCGGCCUUCGCUGUAAAUGUCAUUUCGCUCUCGACUGCCAAUGCAGUGACGUGCAGGGCUGGGAGAGUUUCCUGCGUGAGCAAGACGAGAUGAUUCCGACGAUCUACGGGCUCAUGCCCAUGAGGCGAAAAGCUAAGAAGAACCGCAAGCACAAGAAGAGCAAAGAGUCCAAAAGAGACCGACGCACCAAGAAGAAGGCGUCGAAGAAGCGCGCACCCAAGGCAAAGAAGAGCUCGUACAGCUCUGAAUCCUCCUCGUCCUCGUCUUCGCCGGAACGCCGCCGCCACAAGCGCAAGGAGCGUGCGGAAGCCGCUCCCUCGAGCCACAAGGGGGAGUCUUACCACACACCGUCCUUUACGAAGGACCAUUCCUUUGGAAGUGGCAAAUGGGGCGGACAGAGCUCCGGGUGGAAGCAGCCAGGCUGGCACUCGAACAAACAAUGGCAAGCCAAGUCUUGGCAGCCCAGAGGCUCCGGCAAGCCCUGGAACACUUGGACGGCGCAUGAGAAGGGUUACCAGUGGAAGCUCCCCGAACAGGAAGAAGAAGCCGAAGAUAGGGAGGAAGCUUCCAUGCAGGAAGCACUCAUGAAGAGUGCAAUGGAGGAGGCGUGGUCCGACCGCACUCGGACUUUGUCCUACAGUGAACUCCCGGCGGAUCAGCGCGGCCCCCCCUACAAAGAAGUCAUGGAGAAUGUGGAAGCUGAUGACAUCGAGCGCAUGGCCGCGCGGAUCAAGGAGCACUCCCGCCUCCCGGAGGCAAUGAUCAACUAUGUGUCCCGGUUCCUGGCCUCCCUCCCCGACGGGACGCUGCCGCAAGAGUUGAAAUGGGCGCAGCAUUCAGGAUCGCAUUUCUCCGCCUCGAUCCUCGAACUGGAGCUUAAACCCGACAUCGCCGCGCCGGAGCAGCUCCAGAUCCCGGACCCCGUCCACUCGCAGAGUCUGACGGCCGCUCACGGCACGAAGUGGUCCUCGGCUCACGGCAUUUUGAGCCAAAAGAUCAUCCGCCCUCAAGCAGCUCAGACCGACCAGUACCCGCCAUACGGGUUCUUCGCCCGUGGCAGCUGCGAGCAGUACUCCUCGCACACGGCAAUGAAGGCCCUGGAAGGGGUUGCGAGGAAAGCAAAGGCCUCGGGAAGUGGCAUCGCAAUUUUGGUGUCCGCAAGGGCACACGCGGUCCAACUCUUGGAAGGAGGACGGGCCGAGGAGCCCUUGCUAGAUCACGAGGUGGAGCUGCUCGAUUUGGAGCGGCUAGCAGAGUUGGAAGAUCCAGGUGAGUUGGAUCAGUGGCCAGAGCAGGAACGGCCCGAAGCAACAUUAGCGCUCACGCCAGCUGAGUCAGAGCUUUUCUCUGCAUCGGCCAGUGCCCGGCCCCAAAACCAGCAAAGUUCGCCGAGCGGCGUGCUUCAAGGGCGCGAGUACGAGCAGGCCCUGCAAGGCUGCUUGUUGAGGGCUGCUAAACGGCCAAGAAUAGUCAUGCCUUGGGAGACCCCCUUGAUGCGGGACAUUUUUGGAACCACUGAGCCCCCGGUCGUGGUGCCGCAAGCUCAGUUACAAACCACAGCCCCGCCUUCCGAGCCGGACCGAGACCCGGGCGAAGCCAUUGGCAAGAUACUUAUGCCACCCAGAGCGGGGGCGUCAUCCGCUUUGUCGGCAGUCAAGAACCGCCCCAACGUGAAUUUCCCCAAGAGUGAACAAGCUUCAAGACUGAAGGGAAUCUCUCUGUGGUGCGACGUCAUAGGGGUCGCUCCACAACACUUCGGCAUCACCAGGCACGUCCAGCUAUCGGACGAAGACAACGGCGGCCAAGUCGCCACCGAGCUUUUCACGUGUGUCGAUGCAGUGAUGGGGGUCAAAGCCCCAUCCACCAUCAACUCUAGAGGGAUGGUUGUGAAAAGGUACCUUUAUUGGUGCACGCAGAACGACAGGUUAGCAUGGCCGAUGAAGGAAGCAGUGUCGUUCGAUUAUGUCCACCACCUCAAGGCACUUGGUGCUCCAACCGCUCCGGCCUCAUUUCUGCAGGCGGUAAACUUCAUGAUCUACACGAUUGAACCCGAGGGAGCAACGGCCAUCAUUUCCAGCUUCCUGAUUCAGGGAGUGGCUAAGCAAGCCUCGAGCAAGAAGAGACCAUUGAAGCAGGCGCCGGCGCUUACCGUCGCCAUGGUACUGCGCUUGCACGCCAUCCUCAGGAACACAUCUGAAGGAGUUUUUGACCGGCUAGCUGCAGGACUCAUGCUCAUGUGCGUGUAUGGACGCUGCAGAUGCUCCGACCUCAGACACAUUGAGGAGAUAUGUCUGGACAUUACAGGGAGGCACGGCUUUAUCGAAGUCCGGACGGAACAUCACAAGACAGCCAACAGAGAAAAGAGAAGGCUCCUGCCCAUCGUAGCUCCAGCCUUUGGAGUCACAGACGAGAACUGGGCCGAGCAGUUCCUAACCUUACGGAAGCAAGUCCUCGGCGAAUUUGCGCCCGGGCCAUUCCUACCCGCUCCUCUUUCUGACGACUCCUUCUCUGAGCGCAGCCUCGAGAGUGACGAAUUCACGUCGUUGCUGCGCUACCUACUAAGGCAGCUGGAUAACGUAGAAGAUCUCACGUCUCACAGUUGUAAGGAGACGGUGCUGGCAUGGAUGGCCCGCUUCGGGGCCGACAAACCCACCUUGGAAUUCCUAGGUCGGCACGUGGGGAGCAUUACGUCGAGCGACGUGUAUGCCAGGGGGAUGCAAUCCCGGCCUCUGCGAAAGCUCGCGAUGGCUCUAAACGCCAUACGGGCGGGUACAUUCCUGCCCGAUGAGACAAGAAGCGGUCUCUUCAGGUCCCGCCAGGACAGCCGGCCCAUCGAGACGGGCAUUAACUCCCGUGGGGAACCAUCAGAAACGACGUCUGCCUGGAAGGUAGUCUCGAACGAAGAAGAAAGGAGUCCUGCCUCUCCUGAUCGAGACCAGGAAACAGCAUCAUUGCCGUCGGCAGCACCAGCCCCGGUGUCGGAGGAGGAAGCCAACAGCGGUGCUGAGGUUCCAAAACCUCAAAUCAUGCCCUCACUCCUGGACAGCGAAGCUCAGUUCCUGCAGCGCGCUGCUGAGCUUGGCAUACCGGAUGCGGCGGCACAGGCGUUCAAGAGGCACGGUUUGGCGACACUCAAUCGCUAUGGUUUUGCCCACGGUCAGCCGGGGCAGCCGAUCGACGAGACCCUAUUCAACACCUUUUUCGAAGGCAUCGCCGGGGUAGGGCAAUCGCUGAGAACAUUGUCAGCAGCCAGGAACCUUCUGUUUGAGGCCCACGUGUUUAUCAGCGCCAGCCUCAAGAACAGGGUUGAAGCGACGGCCGACACAGCAAAGCCGGUCCCGAGAGCGGAACGCAGCGCGAGGCUCGACAGCCUUCGUGCAAAGUACCCAGGUCUCGAAAUUUCCAAAGGUCUGGAGCCAGGGCACGCCAUGCUGGAUUCGGCCUCGCAUCAAGCUGAGUCCAAAAUACUCAAGUACAUGCCGCCCUCCAGGUGUGCAUCCAGAGAACAGGAAAUGAUGAGCAAUAAGUCAUCGGCCAAGCUCUUGGAAAUUGAGGGCUCACAGGUCAAGGUCAAGGAGAACGACAAAGGACUGUUCAUCGAGAACAAUACCGAGUUCCUGGUCUACCAGGCACUACGCAGGCGCGGCUUGGCAUAUGAGUUCGCGGAUCUCGUCACAUUCACCGUCCACCAGAAAUGGGUGGAUUGGCUGUUCGGAGAACUAUCCAAAGAGCAACCGGCCCGGUUCCAAAAAGUUCAGAUGUUCCAGAUCCUGCGAGCAGACAAGGCAGCCUGGCUUCACAUGGCUGACGUGGUAAAGGAUAUCAGACCGUCAGACGGCACUAGACCUAUCGACGCCGAGUUCGCCAGGUUGCCCACGGUACACUCGGUCGUGUUCGCACUCCUGCCCUUGCAGCAGUUCAGCCCAAAGGGAGGUGACCAGAAGGGCGACCGGGCCGGCAAGGGCAAGAAUGGCAAAGGUUGGAAGGGCAACAGGCCGUCUCCGUAUGACAUGCCGCAUCAAGACACGUGGUUUAGUCGCAAGGGAGGCAAGGACCGGAACUCCAAGGGCAAAAGCAAAGGGAAGGGCAAGGGCAAGCACCAGCAGGAUAACUAUGAGGCUCCUCGCAUGCCCAAGCUUUUGCUUGGCCUUCACUACAAGUGCCCCACGUCUGGGAGGCCCAUCUGCUUUGGGCACAACUUACCCGGGGGAUGCCCCGCGGGGAAGAACAACGAGUCCGAAUGCGACCGAGGGAAAGUUUUCCAGUCAUGCUUCGCCCUCGAGCUUUUCGCGGGCACCGCGGGCAUCACGGCCGCCAUGAAGAGUGUCGGCCUGUUGGACCUUUCACUUGAGGCCUCUCAACACCUUGUUUUCCAGAUUUUAAGUUCAGAUCAGCUAGUUUUUGUGUGGAUGGCGCCACCUUGUGGAACGUGUUCGCGGGCCAGGGAGAUCGCCAUGAGCACCUCUCGCUACGGACCAAGACCUCUCCGUUCGGAUGAUUUCCCAGACGGACUGCCGCAUCUACUUGAUCACGAAGCAGAACGUGUGAAGAAAGCAAACGAGCUGUACAAACUUGUGACUCAAGUGUGCAUUAGAUGCACGGACAAGCAACUCCCCUGGACGGUGGAGAACCCCUUCUCCUCCUUGUUCUGGCGAACCUCUUUCUGGACCGAGGCGCAAUCUCGGUGCAAUCCGAGAUAUGUGCAAUUUCAUUCGUGCAUGUAUGGAAGCGAUCGCAAGAAGAACACCGCUCUGGCCUUUUUCGGCAAAGUGCCUCUGGACAGACUCCAUGCUGAAUGUGACAACAGCCACGCUCACAAAUCAUGGGGAUGGUCCCAUGAGGACCAGACCUUCUCCACUUCUUUGGAGUCGGCGUACCCGGCCAAACUGUGCAAGCAAGUGGCUCAUGCUGUCAAGGAUGCCUGCGAGGCAGACAAUUUUGUCAUGGAACCUCUAGACAUGUUGCGGGCAUCGCAACUGCCGCUUGCGGCAGAGAAAGUCUCAAGAGCAAUGGCAUCCGAGGGUACCACGAAGUCCAAUCUACCCAACUUCGUUCCAGAAUACCGGGUGAUUCUCAAGGCAUUCAUUCCGAGAUCUUCCUGUACGUGGCGCAUCAAGGAUUUCAUCGAGCACCCUUUGAUCACCCCGCAGGUCACCAUUCCCGAAGGCUCCCGUCUGCUGGAAAUCUCUCCCAGAACAGAAGGGGAGAACUCCACGAUUCCAGCAGAAGCGGACACAAUCUGCACAUUUGGAGUGCCUUGGAGCCCCGGCGAGUUCCUGAAGGAAGCGGCGGGAAGAGGACACCCAGCCGACGCGAUCUCGACAGUGCCUGAACCACUGAAAAGAUCCAUUUGGGAACUUGCGGCUGACGAUCCAUCGGCGGUCGCUGAAAGGCGAGCGUCCUUCUUCCGCAAAUGGAUGUCGGUUGCUUCGGAGCUCUACGAAGAGGAAAAGGCCUUGAAGGACUCGAUGGACGAGGGAGUAAGGUCGGUAGUAAAGGACAAGAAGAUCCUGCUCUUCAAGGAGAUGGUGAACGCAUACGAGCUGAACGAUGCUGAAGCACACAAACUCUUGGAAGAAGGUGUUGACCUUACGGGCGAAAUUCCGAUGUCGAACGACCUGCCCAAGAGGUACACCCCGGCCACGAUCCAUGAGAGCGAGCUCGAAGCUCUUGCUCCGGUCCUCAAGGAUGCAGCGCUCUCAAGGGCUCUUGGAGCCGCGGAGGGCCUAUCCAAGGAAGUGUGGGAGAAGACCAUAACGGAAGUUUCGAGGGGAUGGCUCAAGGGACCCAUGGAGCCUGAUGAUGCCGAUGCGCCCUCGGUCGUGUCUAAUCGCUUUGGGGUUAAGCAGAGGGACAAGGUACGGUGCGUCGACGAUAUGUCGGCUAGUUUGAUAAACGCUACCACCUUCGCGGAGGAAAGGAUAUCUCUUCAUUCCGUAGAUGUCAUGGCUUCCGCUGUGGUUGAGUGGUGCGACGCCAGAGACGCCGCGCAGAGGCCUCGCGACUUGACCGCUAAGAGCUUCGAUCUUAAGUGGGCCUUCAAGCAGAUGGCAGUGUCGGCGAGCUCCAGAGACAGGGCGGGACUAGUCAUCAAGGACCCGUCUGGCUGCCCCAAGGUCUUUACAUCGCUGGCCCUGCCCUUCGGGGCCACUCAGAGUGUAUACGCCUUCAACAGGAUGAGCAGGGCACUGUGGACCCUAGGAGUCGUGGCCCUCAGUCUCAUGUGGACGGUUUUCUUUGACGACUUUUGCCUGUUUUCGGAGCCCGCCCUGGAGAAGAGCUCGGACCUGGCUGCAAGGUCCCUCUUCGAUAUCCUUGGAUGGGUGUAUGACACCUCUGGCGAGAAAAACACGGUCUUCGGUAGGACACUACACGCUCUAGGAGUCAGCGUCAACCUGAGACAUCUCACCAAGGGAUCGCUACUCAUCAGCAACACUGAGGCAAGAAUCAGUGAGCUCGUGAGCGAGCUCUCAAACAUUCUCGACAGGGGAAGAAUAUCGAGAUCCGAGGCCAGGCACAUGGCGGGGCGAAUGAGUUUCGCCGGAGGGCAAAUCUUCGGUCGACUCCCGAAGUCCUGUCUUAAAGUAUUCUACUCCGUUUUGGAACGGAACUCUACCGCAAUUGACGGAAGCAUCUCCGCAGCACUUCGGAUGUACAUUGACAUCGCUCAGUUCGCCCCAGCGAGGACGAUUCUCCUGGGUCAGAGGCCCUGCGUCUUUAUAUACACUGACGCGUCCCUGGAACCGACUAAGGAAGGAAACGUCGCGGGAAUAGGCGGAGUCCUGUGCGGACCCACUGGAGAGCCCCUGAGGUUCUUCUCGUACUUCCCUAGCUCAGCUGAGCUUGCUGAGGUGGGAAUAGACCUAGAGUCUAAGUGCAUCUUCUUGCUCGAGUUGGCUGCAGUCUGCUUGGCGUUCAAGGCUUGGGGCGAGGCCCUCAGAGGAAUGAGAGUCGUAUGCUACUGUGAUAAUGAAGGCGCCAAAGCCUGCCUUAUGACUGGAGCAAGCGCUAACAGAGUCGCAAACGACUUGCUGAAGCAUCAAGCCGCAUAUGAGCUCAAGACGGGUGAUAAAGAUUCUUUUGCUGUGGAUGCGCGGGUCGAGGGAGCUGUGUGUCCUAUUGUAUCACUGGACCUUAGCACUGCUGAGGGCCAAAAACACUUCCUUUCGCUUCUUAAUGAGCCUAACCUGGUCUAUGUGCACAUGUCACCGCCGGCUGGUACUGCCACUCGCGGUGCCGGGCUUCGUGAUGACUUGCAUCCGCAUGGGCUUCCUUCCUUGAGAGGUGCAGACAAAGUUCGGGUCAACCAGGCCAACCGCUUGUUCGAAUUUUGUGCUCGUGCCUGCAAGAUAAUGUACAUGCGAGGGAUUUUAUUUUCAGUUGAAGGACCUCUUCAGUCAUUUUUGUGGGCCACCAAGUGGUGGCGAGAUUUAUUCACAGACGUACCAAUUUUCGCCACAACCUUGCACCAGUGCAUGUUUGGCCACUCCCGAAAGAAGGCGACCCUGUUGGUGCACACACUGCCUGCCUUCCUUUGCCUUCAACGCACUUGCGACGGCAAGCAUUCGCACGCUUCUUGGGAUUUCGCUAAGUCCUCUGCCGAGCUUAGUUAUCCUUGGGCUCUCGCACGAGAGAUGUCCACUUUGCUGCGAAAACAAUUGCUUGAUCUGGGUUGUGCCGACGCGCCGCAGUCCUUGCACGAGCUUGAUAACCUAGUGACCGGAGCCCGCGUGUAUUCCGGAGUUCAGGCCAGCAAACGCGUCUUGCCAUUGGUCUCAGAGUUCAAAAACCGGGUCAUGGUUUCAGGGUGUUGCGAUCCCGCUUGUGUCAGUGGCCUUGAGCGCCGGAAAGUCCUAACGGAGGAUUGGACUCCCCCUGCCGGGUCCACUCUGUCGGUGGACCUGCUCUCCAUUCCUGCUGGAAGCAAGGUCCUUAGCAUCUCCACACAAGGGGUGCAGCCAGAUGCCGAAGGGGUAGGUUUAGCGAGUUCGGGAGUGUUGGCGCAACCACCGCCUGCCGAUGCGCAGAAAUGUGAACAUCUAGCUUACGAAAUUAUGUCGCGCCGCCAGCCUGGUGAGCUCACGGCCGAUGACAUGUUCGAAGUCCUGUCACAGACACCCGAAGUCCUUCCAGCCAGGGCCCGAGGUAUCCAAACGGAGGACUCGCACCAGUGGUUCUCCGGAGGCUACAGCCAUGGUCCAAUGGUCGGUGUCCGAAACUCAACUCUGCGCUGCCCUUGGACCACCGCCUUGGCAUGCCGGUAUGUACGCGAGCAAGCUCCGUGGCACAGGUUUGGAGCGAUAGCAUUCACGGUGAACCUUUUGGCUGAGCCACAUGUGGAUGCUCAUAACGACCCUAGCUCUAACAACCUUGUGCUGCCUAUUACGUCGUUCAAACGAGGUGGCCUGUGGCUUGCUGACAAAGCAGGCAGCUCGCCGAGGACCAUAGACGGCACACGAGUGAUGGGCACGGUGCUUUCCUUUGACGGCGGGGGAAUUUGCUUCAACCCACGUGUGCCUCAUGCGACUGAGCGCUGGGAAGGAGAUCGUGCUGUACUAGUUGCAUUCCUCCCGGGAGGUUUGGACGAGCUCGAGCAAUGUGACCGGGCGAUCAUGGACGAGCUCGGCUUCGUCACAUCUGCUUGUGCCACUACCAAUGCAGCCUCACAGCCCGUGAAGUUUACAGCUGAGUUUGGUGUCAGGUGGUCGCCCGAGGAGUUCGUCGAGCAGGCGUGCAAUGUUGAACACCCCAGCAGCCUUUCGAACCUGCUCCCAGCAGACCUUGAAACCGCUGUUCGUAAAAACUUUGAGUUGGGCGAGCACGCAUUGGGGCAGCAUCGGACCGAGCUGAUCAGAAAGUGGAUUGCACGGGCGAACUCCCUCGUUGGUGAAGAGGAUGCGCUGCGAAAGGGAAUGUCCGAUAACCGGCGUCACAUCCUUGCACAAAAACGCCUGAUCCUGUUCAGGACCCUUCUUGAGGAUGCCGAGCACGCUGACCAAGGCCUCUUCAACGACUUAGUGCAAGGGUUCGACCUAGUUGGUAAGUUGCCUGAAAGUGGAUUCUUCAAGAAGAAAUUCAGACCAGCCAGCAUGCUCGAAGCAGACUUGCGACAAGGUGCUGAUCGUGCAAGGGAAGCCACUCUGGCGACUGUUGGGCCAGCGGAUGAUCCUGUCAUCGACGAAGGUGUGCUGCAAGCGACCCUUAAGGAAGUAGACGCCGGUGUAGUCGAGGGACCCAUAGACCCCAGCACGCUUCCUGAGGGAGCCACGCUUACCCGCCGUUUUGGUGUGGUUCAGGGAGAGGUUGAUGGCGCGCCCAAGGUGCGGCCAGUCGAUAAUUAUAGGGCCUCUAGAGUUAAUGCUGCCGUGACGCAAUCGGAGCAAGUCACGGUCCACACUCUUGACGUGGUGGCGGGCAUGAUUUCGUCUUGGCUAGCCCGCGCCAAGGCCCAUCGUGUCCGGUCUGCGAUGAAUGCCAAAACGUGGGACCUUAAGGCUGCGUAUAAACAACUGCCUCUCAGUGACACCGCAUUUGCUCGAGAUGCCUACUUCGUGAUCUACGACCCAAGGAGCCAGAAGCCCGCUGUGUUCAAGCAGCGGGCUCUCCCUUUCGGAUCGCGAGCUUCAGUUACGGCGUUCAUCAGAUGCGCAGUGGCCGUCUGGACGGUAGCAGUCAAGUUGCUGUUCCUAGUUUGGUCCGUCUAUUUCGACGACUACCUUAGCAUCGCCCGCAGCAGCGAAGCAAAGCACGUCGAGCUGGUAAUCAGUGUGUAUUUUAGGCUCCUUGGGUGGAAGGUUUCCACCGAUAAGCUUCUCCCCUAUUCCACUUGCUGUAAGGUGUUAGGGAUUGAGCUUGAUGUGGGAAACGCCAUUCGGGGUUACGCCUUGUUGAAGAAUACCCUGAAACGCCGAAACGAAAUCAUUGCUUCUCUUGAAGAGGUGCUCGCUCGGGGCAGCAUUGACGCGACGACGCUUGAAAAGAUUCGAGGGCGAGCCCAGUUCGCAAGUGGCCAGUUGUUCGGCAGACUGGCGCGGCAGGCGCUUCACUGUUUGUCGGACAAGCCUUCGAAGAGCUUCUGUGUGUCCGAGCGCUUCAGGUGGGGUGCCACUCACCUUGUAGAGCUUUUGCAGAGUGGUUGCUCCAGAGUCGUUUCUAGGGACUUAGGUGAUAACCGCCUUGUUUUUGUAGACGCUUCCUUCGAGCCGUCCGGGCACAGUGGGCUUGGAGGCGUCUGCUACGAUGCCGACGGGAGAAUCUUAAGUUGGUUUGGGGCGACCGUCCCUAGUGACUUGAUUAAGGUUCUGCUGAGUUGCUUCGGGCGCGACAGAGAGACAGUGAUCUUUGAGCUAGAAGCUCUUGCAGUGGUAGUGGCUCUUGAGCUUUUUAAAUGUCAUCUGUCUCAGAGGAACGUUGUAGUGUACACGGACAACUCAGGUGUGCACGGCGCGUUCGUGAAGUGCUGGUCAGAAAACCCAGUAGGCAGUGCGAUGGCUUUCCUGGCAGCCAAGCGUGAGUUUGACUUACAGGCCUUCUUUUACUACGACCGUGUGCCGUCGCACAGCAACCCAGCUGAUAAGUAG